AUGGCGACUUCGGCUGAGGCAGUGCGCGCUGCGUACGCUGCAGCAGGCCAGGGCCACGUCUUUCGCUUCUACGACCGGCUGCAGCAGCAGCAGCAGCAGCUGCUGCUGCAGCAAGCAGCAAAACACGACCCUGCGCAGCUGCUGCUGCUGCUCGAAAGCGCUCUGCAGCAGCAGCAGAAAAAAGGGGAGCAGCAAAAGCAAAUCCGGCCUCCCUACAAAGUCGAUUUGACCCUUCUAAACGAAGUCCUGCAGCAGCAGCAGCAGCAGCAACAGCAGCAGCGGGCUGAAGACCAGCAGCAGCAGCAGCAGCAGCAGCAGCAGCAACAGCUGUUGUCUGCGUAUUUGAAGUUGCUGCCAGCAGCAGGCUGCGCUGUUGUGUCUCUAAACGAGUGUCCCCUUUUGCUGCGGAGACACUGGAGAGAGACAGGACUGAAACUCAUAGUCUUGACUUCCUCGAAGCUGUUGCCAAAAAUCCCGAAGUCCUCUCAGUUCCAUUUGGCCAAAAAGAAAAUCCCCCACCUCGCUCCCCUUCAGGGGGCCCCCUCUGGGGGGCCCCCCGGGGGCCCCCCUGGGGGCCCCCCUGGGGGCCCCCCUGGGGGCUCUUCUGGGGGCCCCCCUGGGGGCUCUUCUGGGGCCCCUGCGGGGGCCCCCAGAGGGUCCACAGGGGGCCCCCCUGGGGGCCCCCUAAAGGGCCCCGCUCAAGAAACUCUUGGGGGCCCCACAGGGGGGCCCCCCUCUUCUUCUAAAGAGGCAAAUGAACCAAAAGACGCAUCUUGCUGCACAGCCACAGGGGCCCCAGGGGGGCCCCCCGGGGCCCCCGGGGCCCCAGGGGGCCCCCCUGGGGCCCCUGUUGAUUUGGAAGACCCGAAUUCUUGGGUGUUGGCAAACCCUAAGGAACCGAACGGAUGGAAACUCGAGUUGUUUAUCUUUGAUGCCUUUCCUCUCGCAGACAGAAUCCUGUGUUUGGAAGUGGACCGGGACUCGGAAUUUGCCCCUGUGAAGUGCGCUGGCUCUCUCGGAGUUGCAAAACCAAACAAAUUCAAUUUAGAAGCAGCAGCAGCAGCUGCAGCAGACACUCCUGAAGCAGCGCAGCUGCUGCUGCUGCGCCUGCAUGCAAAGUGGAUAGCAGCAGCGACAGAGCAGCAGCAGCAGCAGCAGCAGCAGCAGCAGCAGCAGGAAUUGCUGUGUGAGAUUUCGCCCCUUGUUAGCUACGAAGGAGAAGGCCUUGACAAGGACUGCCUCAAAGGCAAAGACCUGACCAAACCCUUGCUGCUGCUGCCAACCGAACGCUAA